GGUCGCUUUCUGGGCUAAGCAACUUGGUCAUCAUCAGUGUUCUCGGGGUUUCGACAGCGUAUAGUGUGUUUGAAACGCUAAGUGCUUUUUUCCAGUUUUCUUCCCUUCUGAGCCAACAACAAAAACACAAACACCAUGGACGCCAUCAAGAAGAAGAUGCAAGCGAUGAAGCUUGAGAAGGAUAACGCCAUUGACAAGGCCGAUACCUGCGAGAACCAAGCCAAGGAUGCCAACUCCCGCGCCGACAAACUGAACGAGGAGGUGCGCGAUCUGGAGAAGAAGUUCGUCCAGGUUGAGGUCGAUCUCGUCACCGCCAAGGAGCAGCUGGAGAAGGCCAACACCGAGCUGGAGGAGAAGGAGAAGCUCCUGACCGCCACCGAGUCGGAGGUGGCCACCCUUAACCGCAAGGUGCAGCAGAUUGAGGAGGAUCUGGAGAAGUCCGAGGAGCGCUCGACCACCGCCCAACAGAAGCUGCUGGAGGCCACCCAGUCGGCUGAUGAGAACAACCGCAUGUGCAAGGUGCUGGAGAACCGUUCCCAGCAGGAUGAGGAGCGCAUGGACCAGCUGACCAACCAGCUGAAGGAAGCCCGCAUGCUCGCUGAGGAUGCUGAUACCAAGUCCGACGAGGUCUCCCGCAAGCUGGCCUUCGUUGAAGACGAGUUGGAAGUGGCUGAGGAUCGUGUCCGCUCCGGCGAGUCCAAGAUCAUGGAGCUGGAGGAGGAGCUGAAGGUUGUCGGCAACUCCCUGAAGUCCCUGGAGGUCUCUGAGGAGAAGGCCAACCAGCGCGUUGAGGAGUUCAAGCGCGAGAUGAAGACCCUGUCCAUCAAGUUGAAGGAGGCCGAGCAGCGCGCCGAGCACGCCGAGAAGCAAGUGAAGCGCCUGCAGAAGGAGGUCGACAGGCUAGAAGACGAGUUGGGCAUCAACAAGGACAGGUACAAGUCUCUGGCCGACGAGAUGGACUCCACAUUCGCCGAGUUGGCUGGCUAUUAAGAUGGUCCAUUAGUCCCAAAAACAACAACUUUUUCAACAACAACAACAACAACAUCAACAACAACGAGCAGCAGCGGAGGAAGAAGAAAGAGAUGAAGAAGACGACGAGGAACUCUACUAAUUGUAAACGAAUAUCUCAGAAUGAUUUGGCCAGCAAGCAAGACCAAUGGCUGCCAUCAAGAUACCAAGAACAACAUCCAUUGUGUAUACAAUUCUUUAUAAAUCUAUAUAAUUUCUUAAUAAAUAAAUAACAACACCAACAAGAUCAACAACAGCAACAACAACCAAGCAUAGAUUGUGUAGAACCAAGGAUCGAUCCACAAGAGAACUUUUUAGAUUUUCUAAAGUAUAAAAUUAAUCCAAAGGAAAACGUAGCAGAAUGUAAAGAAAAAAAAUACAUAAACCCCAAAAAUCGAA